AUGGUCCUAAGUAAAUCUCUGGCUUUGCCUCUCCUCGCUUUGUGCUCUAUAGCUUCAUCUACUCCAUUGGAACAACGCGAAGCUGCACCGGGCCUCAUCGAUAACAUCCUUGGCGGUGGGGAUCUCUCUGGUAUGGAACAGCUUAUUGCUGAUGUUCUGUCUGGCAAGAGAUCGCCUAUCGACAACACUAAGGCGAACAAGCCGGUGACAUGCUCGUUGUUCAGCGUCGACAAAUGCUGUGUUUGGUAUGAUGUCUCUGCCGAACUCACGAAACAUUUCGUCGGAGCCGACAAACAAUGCAACGAUAAUGCUCGUGCUGCAGUUCGUAUGGGUUUCCAUGAUGCUGGGUCUUGGGACAAAAAUGCUCCCAACGGUGGUGCCGAUGGAUCGCUACUGAUGGACUUUGGCGAAGAGGACCGACCAGAGAACAAAGGCCUUCAAAAUAUUCGCACACUACUUCGUAGUGUACAGGCCAAGUACAAGGUUGGGUACGCCGAUCUUGUCCAAUAUGCGCAUAACCAUGCCACCGUCUCAUGCCCGAAGGGUCCACGCGUACUUGCCUUCGUUGGCCGCAAAGACGCUACAAAGGCUGCGCCUACUGGUCUCCUACCAGAUGUUCGAGAUGAUGCCGACAAGAUGAUCGAACUCUUCAAACAGAAGGGUUUCUCAGCACACGAUCUUGCAGCCCUCGUAGGCGCCCAUGCAACAGCCAAACAACGUUUUGUCGACCCUACUUUCGCGGAGAAGCCUCUCGAUACGACUCCUGGUGUUUGGGACGUUGAAUUCUACAAUGACACACUUAACAACCCCGCGGGUAUCUCCAAAGACCAAAAGAUCUUUGUACUCCCAAGUGACAAGGUGCUGUCAAAACAUCCUAAGAUCAACGAUGAGUGGAAACUCUAUGUCGGCAACCAGGUCCAUUGGAACCUGGACUAUGCGAAGGCGUACAUCAGGAUGAGUUUGUUGGGUGUAGAGAAGAAAGACCUGCUCAAGUUGACUGACUGCACGAAGACCUUGCCCAUCACCAAACCUUCAUUUCCUUAG